AUGCCAAAAAUUAAAUCUAAUUUGAGUUCAUCCAUACCUCGAUGGGUUGAGUUUUACAAUCGUGACAAAACUGUAUUUACCACUAAUGGAUUAGUAGUUUAUUGUCAAUUUCAUUUGAAAUGUUUGAAAAAAAGUUCUAACAAUAGUAAACAAAUGUUGUUGGGAGAUGAAACCAAACCAAAAACAUCAAGUUUUAAUGAAGAUUUGUGUUUGAGCCUCAUAGCAGCAAAUAUACCUUGGUUUAAGCUACAAAAUCCAGUCUUCCGCGUUUUUUUACAAAAUCAUACAAAAAAACACAUUCCUGAUGAAAACACUUUACGAAAGUCUUUCUUACAUCCAUGUUAUGUAAGAACAAUUGAAAAAAUUCGAGAAAAAAUUGGGGACUCGUAUAUAUAUUUAAUCGUUGAUGAAACUACAGAUAUCAACGGUAGUUAUAUUGCAAACCUUUUAGUUGGUGUUUUAAAUGAACAAAAUCCUAGUAAACCCUUAAGAAUAUUGUGGCCUCAUGGUGGGAAUGAUGAAAAAGUAUUACUUUUAUGUUCCGAUGCAGCGCCAUAUAUGAUGAAAGCUGGUAAAACACUAAACGUAUUUUUUCCUAAUAUGAUACACAUUUCAUGUCUUGCUCAUAUGAUCCAGCGUCUAGCAGAAAAAGUUAGAGAAAUGUACCCCAAUGUAAAUACUUUGACGCCUUUGCUUCUAGAUCCCAUGUCGACGUUAUUUAUACAGACUUUUCUACAGCGUUUGACAAGAAAACUUCUUUUUGCCGAUGACUUGAAAGUAUUUCGACAAAUAAAUUCUCACAACGAUGCAAUUUUAUUACAAAAUGAUUUGAAUAUAUUGUUGGAUUGGUGUUCUAUUAAUAAACUACCAUUGAAUAUUGAUAAAUGUAAAAUUAUAUCUUUUACUAGAUCUCGGGUUCCAUUUAUAGCAUCUUAUAAUUUUAGUCAGUCUCCUUUGUCACGUGUUCAUGAUAUUAGUGAUUUAUGUGUAAUUUUUGAUUCUGCUCUCACAUAUAAUAAACACUUAUUACAUACAGUUAGGAAAGCCUCUAUGAUUUUAGGCUUUAUUACUAGAAAUUGUAAGGAUUUCACUAAUCCUGCUGUUUUUAAAACAUUAUACACUAGUUUAGUCCGUUCAAAAUUAGAAUAUAAUACUGUUGUUUGGUCGUCUUACUUAAAUUAUCAAAGUCAAUGUUUAGAUAAUAUUCAAAACCGUUUCCUACGAUUUAUGGCCUUCAAAUGUAAUUUAAAUCGUAUGCCUCAUUCUCUUUAUGAACCACUAUUACGUUAUUUUGAUAUUGGUAGUUUAUCUGAACGAAGAAAAAUAUUUGAUAUGAAAUUCUUAUUUAAGCUCGUCAUAGGUUACAUCAAUUGCCCUGAAAUUUUAGGUUUUCUUAAUUUUUAUGUCCCUCAGUGCAGAACUAGAUCAACCACUAUGUUUUAUAUUUUUACACAUAAAACAAAUUUUAUAUCUGCUUCUCCUAUGAAUAGGAUAAUGUCAAUAGCAAAUGAUUUAAACAUUGAUUUAUUUAGUUUUAAUUCCAUAGAAUUAUUUAAUAAU